AAUGAAUUCAUUCAAAAAUCUAUCUUGCAUUGAAAUUAUUGGCAAUAAUUUAUUCGAAAAUUCUGCAAUUGAACUUGCCAAAUUAUUAAAGAAAUGUUCUAAUUUGGAAAAAAUCGAUUUUACUGGAAAUCGACAAAUGAAUGAAGGCUUCAACGAUAUUUUAGAAUCUCUCUGUAAAUCUAAAUAUUCUCUAAAACAUUUAAUUCUAGAAGAUUGCGACGUUAAUCCUUUUCAAGCUAGAAGUUUAGGAGAUACGUUAAAGUCUUGUAUGUUUCUCGAAACAUUAAAUUUAAAGGGAAAUUAUAGAAUGGACUAUGGAAUUAAUUAUAUUUUCGAUUCAAUUCUACAUUUGGGGCAAUAUUUGAAAACUUUAAAUCUAAUGAAUUGUCAACUAAACUCCUAUCAAGCUCAUAAAUUGGGAAAUAUUCUAACGAAUAUGAGUAAUCUCAAUACUUUAAAUUUACAACAGAAUCCUUGCCUGGAAAUAGGCUUUAAGGAUAUUUUAGAAUCAUUUUCUCAAUGUUCAAGUAAACUAACUAUAUUAAACUUUGAUUAUAUUAACUUGAAAGAGAAAAAUGCGACUUUGUUAAGUAAUGUACUAGUAUCGUUCGUUUCGCUACAAACUUUAAACUUAAGAGGCAAUAGACAGAUGAAUGAAGGAUUGAACGAUAUUUUCAAAUCAUUGAUACAUGUUGGAAAGACUUUAAAAUGUCUAAAUUUGCAAGAAUGCUCUCUAAAUCCUAAUCAAGCAGAGAAUUUAGCUUAUUCAAUUCAAUAUUUACACCGUUUUGAACACUUAAAUCUAAAAUGUAACGAAACUAUGGAAAAUGGAUUCAAUAGUAUCUUCCGAGCAUUUGAAUCAGUUUUAAAUGAUUGUUCAAAGAAUUUCAAUCUUGAAAAAUGUAACAUAAGCGAAGAGCAAGCAAUAUCAUUUGGGAAUUCGUUAAAAUCAAUAAAAUCAUUGGAAAUUCUAAAUUUAUCUUACAAUAAUCAAACGGCGACUGGAAUGACUUGCAUUUUAAAUUCAAUACAUGUUUUUGCUAACAAUCUAACGAGUUUAAGCUUAGAGAACUGCGAUUUGAAAGAGUAUCAUGGAUUUAUUUUGUCUAAUACAUUAAAAUCAGCAUAUUGUCUACGAUUAUUAAAUCUUAAAGGCAAUUUCAAUAUGGAAAAUGGAAUGAAUGAAAUUAUUAAAUCUUUAAGUAUAUCUGGAAAUUGUCUAGAAUAUUUGAAUUUAAAAAAAUGUAACUUAAAUUUUAGUCAAUGUGAAAUACUGAGCAACAAUAUGACCUACUUAAAAUCAUUGGAUACAUUCAAUUUGGCAGGAAAUUGUAAUAUGGAAAAAGGCUUAAAUAUUAUAUUGAAAUCUUUAUAUAUAAAUUGCAGAAAUUUGAAAUAUUUAAAUCUAAGAAAUUGUAAUAUUGAUCAACAUCAAGCUGAUAUGCUAAGUUUGGCUAUUAAGAUGCUGCGUUCCCUUGAAACAAUAGAUAUAAAUAAUAAUGAUUGUAUGAAUGACGGAUUGAUUAAUAUUUUCAAAACUUUGGAAAAUUCGGGUAAAAGUAUCACGAACCUAAAUCUAAGUAAUAUAAAUAUACAACCUAAUCAAGAUUUUCAAUUUAGAAAGGCUAUUGAGCUAAAUUUUUACUUGAAAAAGUUGAAUAUUAGUGGAAAUAAUCUAUCAGAAAAUAGAUGCUCCAAUAUCUUUCAAGCGUUAACUAUCUCUGGUAAUAAUCUGGUACAUUUAAAUUUGGAAAAUUGCAAUUUAAACGAUUAUUCGGCUAAUGAAUUGAGUUUAACAAUUAGGUCAUUAACUUCAUUAGAGAUAAUAAUAUUCAAUAAGAAUAAAAAUAUAAGAUACGGUUGGAAUAAACUAUUUCAGGCUUUAAUUCAAUCUCAUAUUAAUCUUAAACGUUUAGAAUUACAAGAUUGUGCAUUAAAUAAAGAAGGAUCUAAUUAUCUUCCGUGUCUUUUACGUCAUUCUAGCAAUCUUCAAAUAUUGAAUUUAAUGGAAAAUAAUUGUACUGAUAUGAACUUUGACAACAUUUUAGACGCUAUCAAUACAUCUGGAAGAAAUCUCCAAUAUUUAGAUUUACAAGGUUGUAAUCUAAACCAUGAUUUGGCUAAGAAGUUAAUCAAUACAAUUAAAAAUCUUCAUUUACUUAUUUGCCUCAACUUGAGUGAAAAUCCCCUUGUUCAAUCUGAUUUAAAUGAAAUAUUUAACGCCCUCUACUUGUUUAGAGACGAUAUGAAAUCUUUAACAGUAAAAGGCUUUAAUACCUCAGUACCUCAUGUAUUAUAUUCAAGUAAUCGACGUAGAAAGAUGGAAAGUACUAAUUCGGACGGUGAAAUAAAGAAGACACGAAUGACAAACAACGUUUACUGUUGA